AUGGCAGCAGCGUCAGCAUUGCUCAAGCGCAUCGAGCUGCCACGUGGAUCCCGGUGGAUUAACGAGGAUGUCCGACCUGUCGGGUCGGAGAGACGCACAUGGACGUUUCUGACGUUCCACAACUUCUGGCUGCUAAUCAACUGCAACAUCGCCACAUAUCUCACUGGAAGCGCUCUUAUUCCUCUGGGCCUUACUUGGUGGCAGGCUAUCAUCGCCAUCAUCAUCGGCAACGUCAUUGCCACGGUUGCCCUCAUUCUCAGCUCCCUUGCUGGAGCCUACUACCAUAUUGGUUUUCCCGUCUUUAGUCGGGCUGUUUGGGGCACAUGGGGCUCCCAAUUCGUCAUCUGGAACCGCAUCUUUCUUGCAUUUGUCUGGUCAGUAUAUCCGUAUGGCUUCCAAUCAUGGGUCGGAGGUGAAUGCACCUACUUGAUGCUCCUCUCCUGGGACCCCAACCUCGAGAAGCAUAUCCCAAACAAGAUCCCCGCAGACACGGGCAUGACAUCUGCUCAAUUUCUGUCAUACUUUGUCUUUUGCAUCAUCAGUCUUCCGUUCCUCUGGAUUCGACCUCACCGGAUCGAAAAGUUCUUUUACUUCGCGAGCACGGUGACGCUGAUCUUCUUCCUCGUUCUCCUCAUCUGGGCUUUGGCAACGAUGGGACCAGACGGGUUUGGCGACACUCUCAAGUCGGGUACAGAUAUUCCGUUGACUGGAAGCCCCAAUAGCACCGUUUGGCUUAUGAUUUCCGGCAUCAUGUCGACGGUUGGUUCCAUUGCAGCUGGAAUCCUCAACCAAAACGACUAUGCCCGACUUUCUCGCCGUCCAAGCGAUGCGAUCUGGGGACAAGCCUUUGCAUUUCCUUUCUAUAGCAUCAUCGCUUCUGUUAUCGGCAUUCUCGUCACGGCUGCUACUCAGAAACGCAUGGGAGAAGCCAUCUGGAACCCGCCUACUCUCUUCGUUGGUCUCCUCGCAAAGGACAAUGAUGCUGGAACCCGUGCAGCCGUCUUCUUCGCCGGACUCGCGUUGGCCAUCUCGCAGCUUGGCAGCAACCUCCCCGGAAACGCAUUGUCUGGUGGCAUGGACUUGGCUUCCACUUUCCCCAAGUACAUCAACAUUCGUCGAGGAGCCUAUGUUGUUGCUCUCCUCAGCCCGGUCGUCAACCCUUGGCGUCUUGUCAACACGGCCACGACUUUCCUGACAGUUCUAUCUGGAUAUGGAGUGUUCCUUGCCCCAAUGACUGGAUUGAUGGUUGCACACUAUAUCGUGGUGGCCAAGAUGAAGGUGAAUGUGGAUGACCUGUACACUGGGGACAGCAACAGCAUCUACUGGUACUACAAGGGCCUUAACUGGCGUGCCCCGAUCGCGUGGAUUGUCGGCGUUGCACCUCUUCUCCCUGGCUUCAUUGCAGCCGUCAACCUGUCCAUCUCAAUCUCUGAUGGCGCCAUUGAGCUGUACUAUCUCAACUACAUGUAUGGCUUCAUGGCAAGUGCAUUUGUAUAUGCCUUGCUUCACAGAUUGGUCCCAGAUCAAAAGCUCGAUGCUUUCGUCCAAGAAAGCCCAUCUGCAAAGGAAGUGCAGGCGCUGUAUGACGGCCGCUGGGACAUUACUUACGCCGAGGCUGGGACUCAGAUCGAGGACUCUCCACCUCCGGCAGAUCCUCACAAGGGAGCGGCAUCAGUUACGACGUCUGUUUAG